AUGACACCACACAGCAACCACAAACCAAGACCAUCACCACGUCGGGCCCAGCCGCCACGCCAGCACACGGCCAAGACGGCCAUGUCCCUCGCCGCCCUGCCCACAGACAUCCUCCUCGACAUCAUAGCCCACCUCGCCACCGCCGCCCCCGUCGCCCGCCUCGCGCAGACCUCCAAGGCGCUGCACGCCCUCGUCGCCGCCGCCGGCUGGAAGACGUUUCUCCAGCACGCCUUUCCGACGUUGCCGCUGCACCACGGCGAGGCGCAGCCGCUGCACGACGACGGCGCGCAGCCCUGGGCCGGCCUCGCGCGCGCCCUGACGGGCGGCCGGCGCGCCUGCGGGACCCGCCACGCCUACGUGCCCGUCGUGUACACGGACGCGCGGGCCGCGAGCGGCAACUUCCAUCCGACG